AGCAGCCUUGGCGCUAUGGAGGAGCCAGGGGCUACCCCUCAGCUGUACUUGGGGCUGGUCAUGGGGGAGCUACACAGGGUUGUGGCAGCACUGCCUAUAGAUUCUAAUCCUUAUGGUUUUCCAUGGGAAUUGGUGAUAUGUGCCACUGUUGUUGGAUUUUUUGCUGUUCUCCUUUUUUUGCGGAGAAGUUUUAUAUCGGUUAGGAGUCGGCUUUAUGUGGGAAGAGAGAAAAAGCUUGCUAUAAUGCUUUCUGGACUAAUUGAAGUAAAAUGUAAACUACUUGAAAAAUUUAGCCUUGUUCAAAAAGAGUAUGAAGACUAUGAAGUAGCGUCAUCUUUAGAGGAUGCCAGCUUUGAGAAUGCGACAAUGGAAGAACAAAGUUUGGAGGCAACCUGCGAAAAUCUGAACAGGUCCAAUUCUGAACUUGAGCAUGAAAUACUCUGUCUAGAGAAAGAGUUAACAGAAGAGAAAUCUAAACAUUCUCAAAAAAAUGAAUUGAUGGCAGAUUUUUCAAAACGGAUACAGUCUCUAGAAGAUGAGUCAAAAUCCCUCAAAUCACAAGUAGCUGAAGCCAAAAUAAUCUUCAAGAUAUUUCAAAUGACUGAAGAACGACUGAAGAUAGCAAUAAAAGAUGCUUUGAAUGAAAAUUCUCAACUUCAGGAAAGCCAGAAACAGCUUUUGCAAGAAGUUGAAGUAUGGAAAGAACAAGUGAGUAAACUUAAUAAACAGAAAAUAACAUUUGAAGACUCCAAAGUACAUGCAGAACAAGUUCUAAAUGAUACAGCAAAUCACAUCAAGACUCUGACUGAACGCUUGCUAAAGAUGAAAGAGUGGACUGCUAGGCUUGGAGAAGACAUAACGGAUGAUGGUAACUUAGAAGUGAACAGUGAAUCGGAAGAUGGUGCUUACUUAGAUGAUCCUCCAAAAGGAGCUUUGAAGAAACUGAUUCAUGCUGCUAAGUUAAAUGCUUCUUUAAAAACCUUACAAGGAGAACGAAACCAAAUUUAUAUCCAGUUAUCUGAAGUUGAUAAAACAAAGGAAGAGCUUACAGAGCAUAUUAAAAAUCUUCAGACUGAACAAGCAUCUUUGCAGUCAGAAAACACACAUUUUGAAAGUGAGAAUCAGAAGCUUCAACAGAAACUUAAAGUAAUGACUGAAUUAUAUCAAGAAAAUGAAAUGAACUACAGGAAAUUAACAGUAGAGGAAAAUAACCGGUUAGAGAAAGAAGAGAAACUUUCUAAGGCAGACAAAAAGAUCAGCCAUGCCACUAAAGAGCUGGAGACCUAUGGACAGCGAGCCAAAGAUCUUGAAGAAGAAUUGGAAAGAACUAUUCAUUAUUAUCAACAGCAGAUUAUUUCCCAUGAGAAAAAAGCACAUCAUAAUUGGUUGGCAGCUUGGACUGCUGAAAGAAACCUCAAUGGUUUAAGGAAAGAAAAUGCUAACAGACAAAAAUUAACUAAAACAGAGUUUAAAUUUGAACUUUUAGAAAAAGAUCCUCAUGUACUUGAUGGUCCAAAUACAGCAUUUGGCAGACAGCAUUCCCCAUAUGGUCCCUCAUCAUUGGGUCAGCCUUUAUCUGAAAAGAGAGCUUUUCUCUCUCCUCCAACUGUGUUGGAAGGUCCACUCAGACUCUCACCUUUGCCUCCAGGGGAAGAAGGAAGCAGCUCAGGAGGCCCAGGGAAUCCUCUGGACCAUCAGAUUACCAAUGAAAGACGAGAAUCAAGCUGUGAGAAGUUAACCCAUCCUCACACGGCUCCUUCUGACACUGGGUCCCUGCCAUCUCCGUGGGAACAGGACUGUAGGAUGUUUCCUCCACCAGGACGAUCAUAUCCUGAUUCAGCUCGUCCUCCCCAGAGGCAAGACAGAUUUUAUUCUAACUCUGGUAGACCAUCUGGACCAGCAGAACUCAGAAGUUUUAAUGUGCCUUCUUUGGAUAAAAUGGAUAAAAUGGAUGGGUCAAUGCCUUCAGAAAUGGAAUCCAGUUAAUGUGCCUUCUUUGGAUAAAAUGGAUAAAAUGGAUGGGUCAAUGCCUUCAGAAAUGGAAUCCAGUAGAAAUGAUACCAAAGAUGAUCUUGGUAAUUUAAAUAUGCCUGAUUCAUCUCUCCCUGCUGAAAAUGAAGCAACUGGCCCUGGCUUUGUUCCUCCACCUCUUGCUCCAAUCAGAGGUCCAUUGUUUCCAGUGGAUACAAGGGGC